CUCGGUGCCAUCUCUUCUCUGGAACUGUCACGACCCGGGGGUUUCGGUGAAAGCAGGGGCUCCUCUCCAGAACAUCUCGCCGCAGAGACUGCCCCAGCCAUCAUGGAGGUGGCGGAGGUGGAGAGUCCUUUGAACCCCAGCUGUAAGAUCAUGACCUUCAGACCCUCCAUGGAGGAGUUCCGGGAAUUCAACAAAUACCUCGCAUACAUGGAGUCUAAAGGAGCCCAUCGAGCAGGUCUUGCAAAGGUGAUUCCUCCUCGGGAAUGGAAGCCACGGCAGUGCUAUGAUGACAUUGAUAAUUUGCUUAUUCCAGCACCGAUUCAGCAGAUGGUCACUGGGCAGUCAGGACUCUUCACUCAAUACAACAUCCAGAAAAAAGCCAUGACAGUGAAGGAGUUCAGGCAGCUGGCUAACAGUGGCAAGUACUGUACUCCAAGAUAUUUGGAUUAUGAAGAUUUGGAACGCAAGUACUGGAAGAACUUAACUUUUGUGGCACCUAUCUACGGCGCAGACAUUAAUGGGAGCAUAUAUGAUGAGGGUGUGGAUGAAUGGAACAUAGCUCGCCUAAAUACAGUCUUGGAUGUGGUUGAGGAAGAGUGCGGUAUUUCUAUAGAGGGUGUAAAUACCCCUUAUCUCUAUUUUGGCAUGUGGAAAACCACAUUCGCGUGGCACACCGAGGAUAUGGACCUCUACAGCAUUAAUUAUCUCCACUUUGGAGAGCCCAAGUCUUGGUAUGCAAUACCCCCGGAACAUGGAAAGCGACUUGAAAGACUAGCUCAAGGUUUUUUCCCAAGCAGUUCUCAAGGGUGUGAUGCAUUUCUUCGCCACAAGAUGACACUGAUAUCUCCGUCUGUAUUGAAGAAAUAUGGUAUUCCCUUUGAUAAGAUCACUCAGGAGGCUGGAGAAUUUAUGAUCACUUUUCCAUAUGGCUACCAUGCUGGGUUUAAUCAUGGUUUCAAUUGUGCAGAAUCUACAAAUUUUGCUACAGUUCGAUGGAUUGACUAUGGGAAAGUUGCUAAAUUGUGCACCUGCAGGAAAGACAUGGUGAAAAUCUCAAUGGAUAUCUUUGUGAGGAAAUUUCAGCCAGACAGAUAUCAGCUUUGGAAGCAAGGAAAGGAUAUAUACACCAUUGAUCACACAAAGCCUACUCCAGAAUCCACACCUGAAGUAAAAGCAUGGCUGCAGAGGAGGAGGAAAGUAAGAAAAGCAUCUAGGAGUUUCCAGUGCAGUGGUUCUCACUCUAAGAGGCUUAAGAAUGAGGGAAAUGAAGAAGUGUCACCGGCAGUUGAUGGGGCAGAGGGCCUUACCCCUGACCCAGACCCAGAAGGUCUCAAGGUCAAUGGAAAACCAGAAAAAGCAGUGAAGAUGGGGAACACAGAACUACCUUCAGAAGAAGAGGCUUCUCCUAGCAGAAAGCAGCUAGAUCAGAAUUCAUCAGAUAAUGUCAAACUCCCAGGAAACAGUUGCUUAAGCACAUCUGUAACAGAGGAAAUAAAAACUAAGGAUGACCAAGCCUAUGGUGUAAUUCUACCUUCAAAUCCCAGUGAAGCUGAUGAUUCUAUAUCUAGUGGCAAUCUGACAUCUAAGGAAUCAGACUCACCCAAGCUUUCAUGGCCAAAGUCACCUGAGUCGUGUUCUUCAAUGGCAGAGAGUAACAGUGUGUUGACAGAGGGAGAAGAGAGUGAUGUGGAGAGCCACAGGAAUGGCCUCGAACCUGGGGAAGUCCUAGCCGUCUCCAGUGGCCUCAAAGUUCCUGGUAGAAUAGAGGGAGAAACCAAAACUGCUAAAAGUUGGCGCCAUCCACUGAGUAAGCCUCCAGCAAGAUCCCCACUGACUCUGGUGAAGCAGCAGGCAACAAGUGAUGAAGAAUUGCCUGAGGUUCCAUCAGUUGAGGAGGAAGUGGAAGAAACAGAGUCUUGGGCGAAGCCUUUGGUCCACCUUUGGCAGACAAAGUCCCCAAACUUUGUGGCUGAACAGGAGUAUAAUGCAGCCAUGGCCAAAAUGGAGCCACACUGUGCCAUCUGUGCUCUCCUCAUGCCCUACUACAAGCCAGAUAGCAGCAAUGAAGAAAAUGAUUCUAGAUGGGAGACAAAAUUAGAUGAAGUGGUUACUCCAGGAGGAAAGUCUAAGCCCCUCAUUCCAGAGAUGUGUUUUAUUUAUAGUGAAGAAAGUAUAGAAUAUUCUCCGCCUAAUGCCUUUCUGGAAGAGGAUGGAACAAGUCUUCUGAUUUCCUGUGCAAAGUGCUGUGUACGGGUUCAUGCAAGUUGCUAUGGUAUCCCUUCUCACGAGAUCUGUAAUGGAUGGCUAUGUGCCCGUUGCAAAAGAAAUGCAUGGACAGCAGAGUGUUGUCUUUGCAAUUUGAGAGGGGGUGCUCUUAAAGAAACAAAGAACAACAAGUGGGCCCAUGUCAUGUGUGCUGUUGCGGUCCCAGAAGUUCGAUUCACUAAUGUCCCAGAGAGGACACAGAUAGAUGUAGGCAGAAUCCCUUUACAGAGAUUAAAAUUGAAAUGCAUCUUCUGCAGACACCGGGUUAAGAAGGUCUCUGGAGCCUGUAUCCAGUGUUCCUAUGGCCGCUGCCCAGCCUCCUUCCAUGUUACAUGUGCUCAUGCUGCUGGGGUGCUAAUGGAGCCUGAUGACUGGCCAUAUGUGGUGAACAUCACAUGCUUCCGACAUAAGGUCAACCCAAAUGUGAUGAACAAACUGAGGCUGAUAAAGGUUCAAGAUCACAAGAUCACACAGCUAAAGUCCAAGGCUGGUGAGAAGGGUAUCUCUGUGGGGCAGACGGUCAUUACAAAGCAUCGGAACACCCGCUAUUAUAGUUGCAGGGUGAUUGCUGUGACAUCGCAGACCUUCUAUGAGGUCGUGUUUGAUGAUGGCUCCUUCAGCAGAGACACAUUCCCUGAGGAUAUAGUGAGCCGAGACUGUGUGAAGCUGGGUCCUCCUGCUGAGGGAGAAGUUGUCCAAGUCAAGUGGCCUGAUGGCAAACUCUAUGGGGCAAAAUAUCUGGGAUCAAAUGUUGCCCACAUGUACCAGGUUGAAUUUGAAGAUGGAUCCCAGAUAGCAAUGAAGAGAGAGGAUAUCUAUACUUUAGAUGAAGAAUUACCCAAGAGAGUGAAAGCUCGUUUUGCUGACUUGCAGAAGGCUGUGAACUAGAGGACUUCCCACUGUGAUUACUCCUGAAGGGAGUGGAGAUUACUGAUGUCGAUCACUAUGGAUGGAUAGUGCUGCGGGAGUUCCAGAGUGGCAGGGAUUACAGGUGAAGUCUGCCGCAGGUGCUCAGCAGGGACACUUCCCUCCAGGGGACCCCAACUGAAUGGGAGAAAGCCAGAUCCCAUACACCCAAUUAUCUGGUUCAGGGGUCAGCAUACUGUGGCCCUUGGGCUAAAUCUAUUUAGUCAAUAUGUAUCAAAGCUCUGGGAAUUAGAAUAGUAUAUGUACAUGGACAGUCUUCCUAAGAAUUAGGAUUUUCUCUUUUCAUAACAAAUUUCAACUUUAGUUCAUAUCAGGACAUCAGUGGAUUUCCUUUGUAGUGUUUUUCCCCCCUCCAGCAUAGCAUUCAGGGUCAGGAAUUGCAUUUACCUGUUAUGAACCUCAGGUUUUUGAGGUUUGAUUCUGUUAAGGAAGAAAGCACUUGUUUCAUAGUUCAUUUCCUGGAAAACUGUAAGGAAAAGUCAACAUUUUAUCUGGUUCAUUAGUGCUUAUACCUGGCCUGGAGGAAUUUUCCAGGAACAGGAGAGAUGUCCGUGGAACGGGGUUUCUAGAAAGGCAGUUUCCUCUGGGUGCCUGCUCAUCCUCUGAAUGUGGCAGCAAUGGCACACAUUUGGAGACCAUGAGAGUAUCCAAAUGACCUCCAUGGAGUCGGAUUUCCAGUCAAACCUCUUUAUUCUGGCUGCAGUGAGUCUGAGAUAUCUUUUUCCAUGAUGGACCCCAGCCCUAAAAAGGAAAUGUGUUAGACCCUUCCAUCAGCCUGAGAAUUUGGAAAUGGGAUGAACAGAACCCUAGAACCAAAUGCACAGAUUUGGAAGCUACAGAUCUGGGGAGAGUCCAAUCUGGUAUGUUGUUGAGGAUUAGUUCAUGACAAAUUAAUUAUAUCAAUUAAAGCUACCAUUUAAAGUAUAAUUAGUGAUUUUUUAAAAUAAAGAGAAAGUUUAUUUUUGUUAGCAUAAAUACACUAGAUAAAGAUGAACUUGUACUAGAUGCAAUAAAGUUUGAUUUGGUAUGUGUGUAACAUAUAUCUAUGUAAUCUUGUAGAAGUGCGUUUGUAUAAAACAUACCAUCCAGGGGCCCCUGGGUGGCUCAGCUGUUAAGCAUCUGCCUUCAGCUCAGGUCAUGAUCCUGGGGUCCUGGGAUGGAGCCCAGGCUUCCUGCUCAGCGGGGAGCUUGCUUCUCCCUCUCCUUGCCCUCUCCCACUCUCCCUGCUUGUGCUCCUCCUCUCUCUGUGUCUCUCUCUCUCUGUCAAAUAAAUGAAUAAAAUCUUAAAAAACAAAACAAAACAAAACAAAACAUACCAUUCAUUUAGUUGUUAUUCAUUUUUUAAAAUCAGUGAUUUAUUAAAGGUCUAUUGUGUGCUAAGUGCUGGAUGGAAAAACGAAUCACACAUUCCCUUGUACACUGCGAGGGGUGUACACUGUGGUACACAGGGUGGUACACUGUUUUGCUGUAUUAAAGAAUUUGGAUUUAACUUUCAGAGAGUAUUAUCCUCACUGGCCCUGGCCUGGGCCAAGAGAAUGUAUGUUUGAAAUUUUGAGCUCUUUGCGGGUGGUUAGCGCUCUUUUGGAAAACAGGAUGCCUGGCAACCGUCUGCGGCAAGAUUGAAAAUACUUGUAAAGGGUUUAAGACUCUAACGAUUCUUCCAGAACAACCAGCCUGACAAUGAGUAAUAUGCAGUUUGAUGUGAAAAUUAGAAAACUGGCAGACGAAGAUGCAAGAGGGAAAUUGGAUUUCCAGAGAGACGAAUGGGAGGCCAUGCGGCUGAAUAGAGUUCAUAAGAUGCAAACGCAUGCAGGGGAGUUGCAAUUCUCCCUCAUUCCCAGCACACAGAGCAAGUCCCUAUUAUUUAUUUAUUUGCGGGUGAAAAGCGAGAGUUCUGUGGCCCUGAUGUUUAUUAUCAAAAUGGAUGGAUUCAAUAUCGAGCAAUGAUGUGUUCAAAAUGAAAGCCACAUCAUUAAAUGUCACGGGCAUUUAUUAACACAGUUUCCUCCAUAUUCAAAUAAAACAGGCAUUAUCUCACCAGGUGCCACGUGACUCUAGCCUUCUCUGGACUGGCUUUGAUCGAGGCUCAGAUUCUGGGAGCCAUUGUGAUCGAAAGCAAGUCAGGGAAGAGCAGAGAUAUCCAGGGGACUGUGAUGAGGAGUGGAAGAUGCCUAGGUGGUGGCUUUAACGGGGAGGGUUCCAUCUUCCGAAAGCACAGCAUGGCCUGUCAACCUAUGGCUUGUGCCUUUCAGGGCCCCCAUCAUCUGUCCCAGCAGGUCUCCUGUUUGUCUCUCCUUUCUCCCUCUCAUUGUUUUCUCUCGCUGCAUAUCCCUGAUCAAAGACUGGCUUCCUUUCUUGUGAACUGUGACUUCUAACCUGGACACAAAAAUUAUCAGGGUAGGUGGCAACCUUCAUCUCGGGAUCUUUUGAACAGCUUCAUGCCCAGAGCAAGUCCACGCUAAAAAGACUGCACCAAUUUGAAUAGCUGUGCUCCAACUGAAAGAAACCAACUUGAGAGAAAUGACAUAAAUUCAUUAUUACUGAACUGAAACCUCUUGCUGCUCCAGGCAGAGAAGAUAAAUUACCACUCAAGUGAUAUAAAGUUAUUUGAAUGUUUCAUUGGAUCAAAUGCAUCACGAUGUCUGGAAAUCUCUUCUCUUUUAAGUUAGAAUUAAAGAAUGGUUAUCAGACCAAUAAUAGACACUAUCAUUUGCAUACAUUUCAUCUCAAGAGACUUCUGAAGUUAUGUAAUACUCAAGUGGAUAAUUAUUCUUCACACUCCUGACAUAUCAAGUUACAGCUCAGAUUAAGGAAGACACAUUGGUGACUGAGAUGAUUGGCAGGGCCCACAAGGAGGUCAUCUGUAGGAACUGAAAGAGGGUAUGGCUACACGGGGGGCCUUUUAAGUGCUCCUUUGAGGGAGGUGAACUUGGCAACAAGUAUUCAAAGCAGGUUUUCUCUGUUUUAUGAUUCCAGAUAACUGGGUAUUUGAUGAUGACCCAAUUGCCAGUAUUUUUUUUCUCUUUGAUUGUCCCUUUUUGUCAAAGACUUCAAUUCCUUGAAAUAGCCUCAAAAGUUGCCAUUAAAGUGGCCAUUAAUUCCAUCCCCUGCCCCCUUCCCACAAAUUCUUAUUGAGCAGGUCCCUGGUCUGGGGUUGUGUUGUGAAUGGGAUUAAUUUUUGGUGCUUGCUUAGAAUGCGUAACAUCAGCAGGCUGCUUUUUGCAAGUCCUUCCUUGUUUCUUCGUAAUCCCAUGAUACUUUCAAGGAAGAAUAGACCCCGUUUUAUUUACUCUGAGCCUCCAGCGCCUAACACAGAGUCAGGCAUGAAAAUGAUGUGCCUUUCUUGUUGAGUAAAGAAAUGACUAGCCCAUUUCCCACAGUGCCAUUUUUGUUAUUGAAAUGCCAAUUGAAUAUUACCCCCACCUUAAAAGACCACCAGAGACGUGAGUCAAAGCCAAUCAGCAAGGGUCGUUUAUUGCAGGUUCGAACCUGGACCUCUCGGUGUAGUUUUCAUAGAAAAAAUAAGAUAAGCUAGGUGUGCCAUAGUGCUCACUAGCACUUUGCAAUUGCCAAAGCCUAAGAAUUAACAUUUAUACUGACUCCAAAUGUGCUUUCCUGGUACUAUAUGCCCAUGGAGCUAUUUGAAAGGAAAGGGGAUUGCUGUCAAGCCAUAACUCCCCAAUCAAAUAUGGGCCUAAGUUACGAAACACUCCUUAUCGCUAUACUAAGGAUGAUAUAUAUCAAAUCUGGGAUACAUAUCUGUGGCUUACACCCACGAUUGGACAGCUCAGUCAGAAGGCAGUUUUAUGCUGGGAACAAAGGAAUCAUACGAGUGAUACUUGGGCAAAUAACACACAGUAUCAAGGAUGGCUAUCACUAGAAAUGUGUUCCCAAAUAAUAGUACUCCAGGCUACUGAAUGUUUUGCUACUGACUGGGUAAGGCGACCUGGCAUUAGAUGGCCAGCUCCAAACGAAACCCACUGAAUAUGUGGAACCAACCUGUGGCUCUGGCCUCCUCCAGGGUGGAUAGGUCGCUGUACUUUAGGAUUUGCCUGGAUUCAUGGGCAUAUUACUGAAACCAUUACAACUCCAGCUAAUCUCCCCAACUUGAAACAAAGAUGGACACGAUCUGUUUGUAAAUGGUAUGAUCACUUAGCAUCCAUCUUUGUUCCAUCUGCGGGACUAGAGGAUGUCAUGUGGCAUGUAGAAGCCCUUAAUAAAUAUACUACAGAGGCACUCAAUGAUUCACUAAAUGGCAUCUCCCUACUUAAUACCGAAGUGUCACACAUACGCAGGGCAGUCCUACAAAAUAGGAUGGCCUUAGAUGUCCUGACAGCAGCCCAGGGUGGCACAUGUGCAAUUAUCAAGACAGAAUGUUGUGUGUAUAUCCCAGACUAUCACAAAAAUAUCACAGGACUAAUAAAGGAUAUGCCCAGAUUAAGGCUCUAGAAGGUCCCUCUCUCUCUUUUAGUGAUUGGUUAAGUUCCUGGCUUGGAGGAGGACUAUGGCCAAAUCUCCUUUUCGGGCUUCUUAUUCUUAUCGCCUUAUUAACCUUAAUAUGUUGCUUUGUUCCAUGUUUCUCUACUUGGUGCCGAGACUCCAUUGCUACAAUGACUACACCACGACAGACGAUCCUUAUCGCACGCGAGGACGCCUCUUCACUGUCAGCGCUGGAUUCAGCUGCCUCCACCUUUCAUAACUCCCUUAUACAUUCCUACCCUGAUCAAUAUCGACCCCAGUAGGUAGGGACAGCUCUACGCCCCCAUUUAGCACGAAGAAGUUAUAGAAGAUGAGACCUUCCACCUUCAACCCCCUUAAAGAUUUAAGGGUCAAAGUUGUUCAGGGGGGAAUGAAGGAACAGGAGGCUGGCUGAGGACAAAGCAAAAGCUGGCGCCUUGCACCCCCCCCCUUCACCCGCUCCCCUCCUUAUGUGUAGCAUUCCUCAGGCACCCCUGACUGCCAUAAAACAAUAAACAGUUAAUUUGCAGAGAUCACAGUCCUGCAAGGUAGGAGUCUCCCUUGGUUUCCAAAUGUCCUUGAGAUUUACAACAAAGAAGUUACCUUAUCAAUAGCCCUAAUGUCACCCUCCCCUCCAUAAAACACUGAAGAGGCGGAGGUAGAAGGAAAAGUAAAUAAAGUUAAAUUUCUUCUAAACCUAAUUCUCACUAACAAGGAUGCUUGAUAGCAGGAAUGUAAGAUUCCACCAGGAGACUCCCAAUUGUCUUUACUUGAUAAGUAACCAGGCCUUCAAUAUCCUGGUAGUGCUUUUUUUUUUUUCCGCAUGCUUGGGUUAACCGGCCAGUUCUGCUUCUGUAAGAUUGCUUUGUCUGCUUUCGCGCGGGGUCCCCUGACCCAAUUCACUGACGCCAAGUAUGCCUGUUCAAACUGUCAAUCAGUCAGCUCAGCCCCACCCGAAACUUGUUUGUACCUGUCUAUAAAAACCCUGCACCAACCCAGCUCUGGACCUCUCGGCGUUAUCGGCAACGAGCGCCGCAGAAGUCCAGGUUCGAACCUGCAAUAAACGACCCUUGCUGAUUGGCUUUGA